UUGUAACCUCUAAGUUUUAACUUCAAUACCAUAGUAAUUUAUCUAAAACUUAGUCAAUAAGUCAAUGAUUUUUUAUUUAGUUAAUUUCUUAUAUAUACAAGUUUUUUUUUUUUUUAAAUCAUUGAUUUUCUUAUGACUUGGAUUGUUAUCCUGAACUCGUUAUAACCUUUUUCCUUGCCAAGCAUUUUGAUAUAAUUUGGCAUAAUAUGCUAAGAGAAAUGAAAAUUUGAUUUCUAUUAACAAUUAUGAGGCUGAUAUAGAAUUCAAGAUAGCAUGAUGGAGGUUUGGGCAUUCAUGUCAGAACUAUAGGUAGAAUAGUAACUAUUUGUAAAACUCCGCAAAUCUAAGCAAGUUUUACAUUCGUUGUAUUCAUCAAUUUAGAGUUUCUUUUCCCUUGUAAUCAUGAUUUAUCUUGUUUUCAAACAAGUUGGUACGCCACUAUUGAGACAUUUCUUCUGAUCUUAAUGUGUACAGGAAAAUGGAAUAGAGUGGGAUCAUCCUGUCUUCAAGCUUUAGGGGUGCAUCCAAAAGAGAGGUGGAAAAGCUGAUAAUGAAGAUGGGGGUACCAAGUGGGACCUCCAUUUUCCUGAGUGGAGCUAAUUUAGUCAUUGGAAGUGGAAGCUGCAAUGUCAAGCAAAGCAAUCCCUCUCCAAAAAUCACUAUCCCUCACCCACCCCAACAAGAAGACAAGAGCAGCAUGCAAAAAUAAAACAACCAUAAGUAACAUCUCAUAAUCAUCUUCAUCAACAUCUUAGAUUUUCUUUUCUUCCCUCUUGAUUUCCACCUACUACCAUACCCACCCUGCUCAACUUGCACAAAUCAACCUCCUCAACCUUGUGACUUCUCUUCUCUCUCACCUUUCCUUCUCUUCUUUCCUUCCAUGCUUGUCCUAGAAUUCAUGAAUUGGUUUGCAAAAUUUCCUCACCAACCAUUGAAGCAAAAAUGAUAUAGAACCAGAAACUGUAGCUUCCUAUGCAUUACUGUUAAUCUAGCUGAUCUCUGCUUUUUCUCAUUUUUACAUCUAAGUUUCCCUUCGGCUCUCAAGAUUUUUCCUUCAGUUCAUGCAUUGUUCUUCUAAAACCUCCUAAAUAACUUAAAGUUCAUCAGGGAGAUAGAAUUGCAUUGUGUUAAGUUCAUCAAGUGUUGUCAUUUUUUUUUAUCUGAUUGUUCUCUGCGUCAAUCUCUGUUUUCGUUUUGUUCUUUCUUAUUUGCCAGAUCUUUGUUGCCAAUCAGCCUUGAAAUUCUCAAGAGCGAUCCUAUUUCUAGUGAUGGAUUCUUUCAGUAGAUCAUCUGGUUUCCAUUUUAACCCAAAUUCAAACACCAUUGAUGAUGCAGACCGAGAUUCUGAGUUUUCGGGCAUUCUUGAAAUCUAUGUCCAUCAUGCUAGGAAUAUCCAUAAUAUAUGUAUCUAUGACAAUCAAGAUGUUUAUGCCAAAUUCUCUCUCACCUAUAACCCUGAUGAUACCCACUCAACUAGAAUCAUCAAUGGAGGAGGAAAGAAUCCCGAAUUCAAUGACAACCUGAUGAUGAAAGUCAAUCAAAUUGAUGCUGUCCUCAAAUGUGAGAUUUGGAUGCUUAGUAGGGCUAGAAACUACAUGGAAGAUCAGCUACUGGGAUUUGCUCUGGUUCCAAUUUCACAGGUUGUUGGCAAAGGAAAAGUGACUCAUGACUAUAGCCUAACUUCCACUGAUCUAUUCCAUUCUCCUGCUGGUACCGUCAAAUUGAGUCUUUCUUUGAACACUUCUAUACCUGUCAAUUCCCAGACCAAUUCCUUUCCUGAAACCACCACAACCAGCUCUUCAAUAUCAGCAGAAGUAGUAUUGCUUGACAGAAAAAUAUCCCAAGUCAUUUUAGACCCGGUUGAAUAUUCCAGGAUAGAAUUUCCUGAUAUCAACGUUGUUAGGGAGAACCAGCAAAUGGUGUCAGAGUACUUUGAUGGUUUGAACUCAAGGCCAGGAAUUGCUUCAUUUCUUCACCUGGGUGCCUCUCAUCAGCAUGUUGAAGAUUAUGAAAUGACAGCCGAAGAAAAUCAUGGUGGAUUCAUUUCUCCAAAUGGAAGCCUUCAAAAUUCUGGAUUUUUUAGCUCUUCUACAACAAGCCUAAGCGAUGAUAGGAACUCAGCUGACUCUACUGAGAAGAAGAAGAGUCUUGGUGGGGAGUCACCAAAUUCCCUCAACGCAUCAGUCACUACCGAGACUAAUCCAAGCUCGGGUGCUUGUCCGGAUACCCCAACUUCAAAGAAAGGAGGUGAAACUAGAGACGAGAAAGACUCGAAUUAUUCCAGCAAGGAAGAAGAGAACAACAAAGAAGGAAGCAUGAAUUCUGUUAAAUUCGGACAAGUGUUUUCAGCUCCACUCGGAAACAUCAAUCUUGAAGCAGAACAGUCAGCAAUGCAGCAACAAAUAGUCGACAUGUACAUGAGGAGCAUGCAACAGUUUACUGAAUCUUUGGCUAAGAUGAAGCUCCCAAUGGAUCUUGACAAACCCGAAUGUGAAGAUCGUGGUGAUGUGAUUCAAAACCACAGCAAGAAGAUAGAGCAUGAGAAAAAAGAUGGAUCUCGGGUUUUUUAUGGUAGCCGGGCAUUCUUCUGAGUUCUAAUCAAUCAAACGUUGCUGCAAAAAACUUGAAACUUAUGAUCUGAACUUAUCAAAACUUGGGGGUUUCAGAGCUAUUAUUUUUGACCGAUUUUUAAUUCCUUUUAGUCCUUUGCCUGAUCAACUUCUCUUUGUUUUAGAGCAUAGUUUUCUCGGGAAUUCAGUUGCUAAUCCUUGUAUUGACUUAAAUGUGAGAUUGUAAGUUAUAAAUUGUAACAUGGCAAUGUGAAUAACUGAUGGAUUUCCUUCUGUUUUUGCUCUGGAGAAAAAUGGAAAUCAUUCUUUUAAUUUAUUGCUUUAGA